AGGGCGGCGCGCGCGGCGCUUUGCGGAAGAAGAUGAUGCAAGAUCUUUGCAGAUAUUAAUAAUCCAGUCUUCAGCCAAAAACGUGUGUUCAGCGUAGAGUACCGAAGAGAAAGGAGAACUCUGCUCUGUGGAAAGUAGUUUGUUUCUCCUACCUGCCUCUCUGGCAUGAGGUGAACCGCAGAUAAGGCCUUUCAGGGUGGAGCUUGGCCACAGCAGCCAGGAAGGCUGAACUGGAACUCCUGUGACGGCACUUGAGUGGUCCACCCUGUCCCUGUGGUCUUGCCUCAUGGCCGACUGCUGAAUUGAUAUGCUUGCAGCAGACUGCUGCGACUAAGGAAAUUCUCCACUCAUCCCAGGAUUGCUGCAUUGGUGGAUUGCUUCCCCCCACCCAGCCUGUAUUUCACAGCUGGAAGGGCUUUUGCGCUUGUUAUGGCUAGCCCUCGGGCACAGCGCAUGCUCACUGCACCGACUUUGUGGUAGGAAUCCACCGCUGGCACACACUGAGGUAGCCUGAUGCUCUUCUGCUAGUCAUCUGGAUCCUCUAAACACUCUGUGGAAUGAGGAUUCGCAUGGCGUGCCAGAGGGACACCACCGUUCUGGGUGUCACUGUGGCCACCGAGGAGGCGGGUGCCUCCAUGGCUGUGGGGACCAGCCAGGACAGAGAGGCACUGCAUGCAUCAACCAUCAGCGAGUGCAUGAGCGACACAGACCUCUCUGAUGUGGCCUGUCUAUGCCAUGAAAUUCCACUCCCUGUUCUUUCUGCCGAAAUAGCCCAGGACUGCAGGGCAGGCAAUGUUCCUGACAGUUUGGGCUCUUGUUGUGGUGCCGUGUGGAGGAUGGAGUCGGGAAAGCUGGAUCCCACCCCACCGUGUGCCACACCAAAUGUGAUGGAAAUACAGCAAGCUGGGCAGAAGGUGGACUUUUCUGCUGGAAGUCACGGCUCCAUGUCACAGCACAGUGAACUGGGGAACUUUCCCCAUGACCUGACUGAUCACACUGGAGGACUACCAGAGGAAAGCAGCUUGGGUCCUGGUUCAGUAAGGAGGGGCAGCUUGCCGGAGUUGUCUCCUGCAACCACAAGGAACGGCUUCACCUGCGGCCUUGUGGGAGACAUGGCAGUGAGCUUGAACACAGAUGUGGCAUACCUCAGUUGUACUAAAGACUGGUACUCAAGUUUGGAAAGGCCUGGCAGGAAGCCAAAAUGCAAGGGUCCCAUGGAGACCUGCAGUCGGGGUGCCUUGCAAACCUCAGUGCCUGUGAAAGUGUCUGCCAGUAUUUCCAACGGCAGCAGUGGCAUUCCAGCUGAGGGUGAGUUUGUCCGCAACAAAAAGGACCGCUCCACGCUGCUGGUGCGGAGGUACUACAAAAACAAUAUGGAAGUGAGGAAACCGGUGUGUGCCGGCACCCGGGCUAUCGUUAGAAGCCUUCCUACAGGACACAUCGGAGAUCAAGCAUGGAAGGCUAUGUGUGAGAGGAUGUUGUGUACCAGUGAGAAGCUGGGUAACACAUGUGGAGGACACAGUGCAGCAGCCCGGUUAAUCAGCCUGCAGGCCUGCAGACUCCUCCUACUCAACCAGAGGGUCAGCCGUCUGGAGGUGUACUUUUCACUGAGGAGUGAAAUCCAUCUACUCCAUCCUUCUAGAAAACUCCUUGUCUCCCGUGGUGGAGGGCCCUGUUGCCAGGAUACAUGGCUGUGCACCGGAUGUGGGCCACCUAGCUACCGUGUCUCCUCACAGAGGACUGCCAUCUCUGCACACGUGUCUGGGGCACUCCUGGAGGCCACUGCCUGCAUUGGGGCCCGUAGCACACCGCUCUGCAUCUCUGCAAACAGUCCAGGGAAGGCCAUGCUGAAAGAGCGCCAACUGUGUGGCACGAUGGCCGGACCAGGCACACUGCCCUCCAGCCCGACAGGCAUCAGUAGGGAGCUGGUGGAUCUGCGUCAUCUGAUCCAGUUUCCUGAGGAGAUUGCCGCCAUCCUGACAGAGCAGGAGCAGCGUCUGUACCGCCAAGUUUUUCCACUGGACUACCUCCGCUUCCUCACCUAUGACAUAGGCAGCCCCGAGUGCCAGCGUCGCCAUCCACACCUGAAGGCCUCGCUGUCAGCACCCGCCAUGUCUGCUGGCACAAACCGAGGGGAUGCUGUGGAGGAGCUGGUCACCCGCUUCAAUGAGGUUAGCUCCUGGGUCACGUGGCUGAUCCUGACUGCUGGCUCCAUGGAAGAAAAGAGGGAGGUCUUCUCCUACUUGGUUCAUGUGGCAAGGUGCUGCUGGAACAUGGGUAACUACAAUGCUGUCAUGGAGUUCCUGGCAGGGCUCAGGUCUCGUAAAGUUCUUAAGAUGUGGCAAUUCAUGGACCAGUCCGACAUUGAGACAAUGCGAAGGCUGAAGGAUGCCAUGGCGCAGCACGAGUCGUCUUCUGAGUACAAGAAGGUGGUGAACCGUGCCCUGAACAUUCCAGGCUGCAAGGUGGUGCCCUUCUGUGGGGUCUUCCUGAAGGAGCUAAAUGAUGCUCUCAAUGGGGUGGCCAGCCUGAUCAGCCUGAGUCCGCGGAUGGACUCCCAAGAUGACUCUAUCGAGUUCAUCACAGACUACAGCGGUCAGGAGCACUUCCUGCAGCGGACAGGGAAGGAUGGUCUGCACAAUUCAGAGAAGGAGGCCACUGUCAACAGCAUCCUGCAGACUAUCCGCAGCUGCAACCGCAGUCUGGAGUCAGAUGAUGGAGAGGAGACCCAGCGUGAGGGCUUCCCUUUCCAGAGGUCCUCUUUAAAAGACAGAAACAGGAACCAGUUCAUAGUGGGAGACUUUUCAGACUCCGAGGGAGACUUAUCAGAGCAGGGAAAAGAGUUAGAGUUCCAGGGCUUUGAGGAGACUCAGAAAGCCUUCAGCCAUGGGACAGAGCUCAUUCCCUGGUACGUCCUCUCCAUCCAGGCUGAUGUCCAUCAGUUCCUGUUGCAGGGGGCCACUGUCAUCCGGUACGACCAGGAGUCCCACCUUACUGCCCGUUGCUUCCUAAGACUGCAGCCUGACAACUGCUCCCUGACCUGGACUAAGAUCCAGAGCAGUUCUUCAUCCGCUGGUAAAAUGAAGAGCAUGAUGCCGGGGGGCACUGUAGAACCCACCCACUGCAAGCCUCAGUACUGUGGCCAGAUAGUGCUGAAUGGACUGACUGAUGGUCUCCUGGACCUCUCUGUAGUGAAGGCUGUCUUCAUGGGCCAUUCGGGAGUGGACAUCCAUGCUGUGUGCUUGCAAAACAAACUGAUCAACAUGAACCAGGCAGAGAACGGGGUCACCCUGCUGUAUGGCCUCAACACUACUGACAACAAGCUCCUGCACUUUGUAGCUCCUAAAUACACAGCCCGCAUGCUGUAUGAAGGACUGGUGGAACUAGUAAGUGCCAUCAGGAAAAUGAAGAAGUUUCCCGAUCAGAGACUGCAGUGGCUAAGAAGGCAGUAUGUCAACCUCUAUCAGGAAGAUAGCAAGUAUGAGGGUCCAACAUUGGCCCAAGCCAUCGAGCUGUUUGGAGGACGGCGCUGGAAUAUGGGGUUAAGCGGCACAGCCACCUCAGGGAAAAGCGUGGAGAAGCCCAGCGUUCAGAAGAACAGCCCUCUCACCAUUGCUGCCACCAGGAAGAAAAAGAAGGUCCUCAUGCGGGGUGACAGUGGGGAUGCCACCGAUGAUGAGAUGGUGUCACGUAAAACAAGGAGCUGUAAAGAAUCCCUGGGCAGGACUGGUUCUGACCCAUCUGAUAGCAUGGAUCAAGACCAGGAGCUAGAAGACAGCUUCCUUCCAGGACCCCUCUCGGCCAGUAAAGCUCCCACCCCUGGUGCCUCCACUGCUGCCUCCUCCUCCUCCUCAGCUUCCUCCAGCACCAGCAUGUGCUCUCCCUCCCUUCCUGUCCGACCCCAGUCCUCUCCCAUCCUCUCCUCUGCAACUAAGGCCCAGCCAGGAACCAGUCGGAGCUGGCAUGGUCGGGGGAAGGGCUGUCUAAAGGGCUUUCAGAGCCUCAUGCUAUCAGACAGCAUCAUGAGCUUCACAGAGUUUGUCGAGCUCUUCAAGUCAUUCAGCAUUCGAAGUCGGAAGGACCUGAAGGACCUGUUUGAUGCCUAUGCUGUGCCCUGCAGUCGCUCUGCCUCUGAAUCGGCCCCUCUCUACACCAGCUUGAAGAUUGAUGACAGAAUCACUGGACUGCAACCUGACCUUGACCUCCUGACACGCAAUGGCUCAGACCUGGGUCUCUUCAUCCGUACUCGGGAGCAGAUAUCAGACAAUCAGAAGCAGAUCUCUGAUGCCAUUGCUGCGGCCAGCAUUGUGACCAAUGGCACGGGCGUAGAGAGUGCCUCACUGGGUGUGCUGGGCCUGACUAUCCCACAACUCAAUGACUUCCUGGUCAACUGCCAACGAGAGCACCUCACAUACGAUGAAAUCCUCAGCAUCAUCCAGAAAUUUGAACCAUCAGUAAGCAUGCGUCAGAUGGGCUGGAUGUCAUUUGAGGGCUUUGCCAGGUUUCUGAUGGACAAGGACAACUUUGCCUCUAGAAUUGAGGAGUCUCAAGUGAGUGAAGAUGACCUCCGGUACCCACUGUCCUACUAUUAUAUUGAAUCAUCACACAACACCUACCUCACUGGCCACCAGCUCAAGGGGGAGUCCUCAGUGGAGCUCUACAGUCAGGUAUUGCUGCAGGGCUGCCGGAGUGUUGAACUUGACUGCUGGGAUGGAGAUGAUGGAAUGCCCAUUAUUUAUCAUGGUCAUACACUCACUACCAAGAUCCCCUUUAAGGAUGUGGUGGAGGCAGUGAACCGCACUGCCUUCACAAACUCAAAGAUGCCGGUCAUCCUGUCCAUUGAGAAUCAUUGCUCCUUGCCUCAACAACGGAAAAUGGCUGAGAUCUUCAAGACAGUGUUUGGGAACAAGUUAGUGACCAAGUUCCUGUUCGAGAGCGAUUUCUCUGAUGACCCUCUACUCCCUUCACCACUGCAAUUGAAAGGAAAGAUCUUGCUGAAGAACAAGAAGCUCAAAGCCCACCAGGCCCCUGUGGACAUUUUGAAGCAGAAGGCCCAUCAGCUGGCCCACAUGCAGGCCCAGGCCAGCAACGGCAUGCUGUCCACCAGUUCCCCCAGCAACAACGAGGAGGAAGAAGAAGAGGAAGACGAGUACGAUUACGACUAUGAAUCUCUGUCUGAUGACAACAUCCUGGACGAUCGACCUGAGAGCAAGUCCCCAGGGGAGAAGUUUCAGUACGAGUCCAACGACGAGAUGCCCAAGAGGAUAAAGAAAGGAGACAACUCGACUCAGAGCAAAGGGAAGAUAUUUGAUAUGGAACUGGGAGAGGAGUUCUACCUUCCUCAGAACAAGAAAGAAAGCCGACAGAUAGCACAGGAGCUCUCAGACCUCAUCAUAUAUUGCCAGGCUGUCAAGUUCCCAGGCCUUUCCACCCUCACUCCGUCGGGCUCUGGCAGGGGAAAAGACAGAAAAAGCAGGAAGUCCAUCUUCGGGAACAACGCUGGUAAGACCAGCCCAGGGGAGGCCAUGACGCUGGUCCGUGCCCAGGGGAAAGGCACCGUGGACAACACCCGGUUCAGCUGGGAGGAGCCUGCAGCCCCCUCGCUAAGCACUAUCAUCCGCACACCACGCUGUUACCACAUCUCCUCAGUAAACGAAAAUGCGGCCAAGCGGUUGUGCCGUCGCUACUCACGGAAGCUGAUGGAACACACAACGCGGCAGCUGCUGCGGACAUACCCGGCUGCUACACGCAUCGACUCAGCCAACCUGAACCCUCUCACAUUCUGGCUACACGGAAUCCAGCUGGUGGCUCUUAACUAUCAGACAGACGACCUGCCCAUGCAGCUGAACGCUGCCAUGUUCGAGGCCAAUGGGGGCUGCGGUUAUGUGCUGAAGCCUCCUAUGCUCUGGGACCGGAAUUGCCCGCUGUACCAGCGCUUCUGCCCCUUGGAAAGGGACAUGGAGGGCAUGAGCCCCACCCUCUUCUCCCUCACAGUGGUCUCAGGCCAGAACGUGUGUCCCGGCAAUGCAGCGGGCAGCCCAUGUGUGGAAGUAGAUGUGCUGGGCAUGCCUGCAGACAGCUGCCACGUUCGUACCAAGCCCAUCCACCGCAACACACUCAACCCCAUGUGGAACGAACAGUUCGUCUUCCUUGUGCACUUUGAGGACAUGGCAUUCCUACGCAUUGCUGUUGUGGAGAAUAACAGUUCUCAGGUCACUGGCCAGAGGAUCUUGCCCAUCAAAGCACUCAAAACAGGAUACAGACACAUACAGCUGAGGAACCAGCACAAUGAGCCACUGGAGAUCUCUAGCCUCUUCAUAUACAGCCGGAGAACGGAGGAGAACCCCACGGGAAACAGCCUGCCUGCAUCCGUGCUGUUCAGCACAGAGGAGCAGCAGGCUGCUGUCCAACACAAGGUGACCGUGCAUGGGGUCCCGGGUCCUGAGCCUUUCACUGUUGUCAACGUGAAUGAGAGGACCACUGUCAGGCAGCUCUUAAGCUCUCUGCUCUUGCCAUCAGAGGCUGCACACACAGACUAUUUUCUGUGUGAGGAGAAGGUGCCCCUGUCGAAGGAGAGGACCGAAGCCCGGAAGCCACCGCAGCAGCGGUGCUUGGCCCCUGAGGAAGAAGUACUCAAGGUGGUCGGCAGCUGGUUCCCAGAGGAGGGCUAUGUGGGCAGGAUCUGCUUGAGGACCAGAGAAGAGAAACUAAACGAGAGGAACUCCUGCUCACAGGAGCGGCCUGAGGAGGCCAGUUUCCCAGCGGAGGACGACACCUUCCUGGUCCAAGUGCAUGAUGUGUCCCCCGAGCAGCCGCAUACUGUGAUUAAGGCACCACGCCACAGCACAGCCCAAGAUAUCAUCCAGCAGACACUGAGUAAGGCCAAGUACUCCUACAGCAUCCUGAGCAACCCAAACCCUUGCGACUAUGUGCUCCUCGAAGAGGUAUCCAAAGACCUUGGCAACAAGAAGGCAUCAGCAGCCCGGCCUCUGCAGAGGGUUCUCCUAGACCAGGAGUGCGUCUACCAGGCCCAGAGCCGUUGGAAGGGCGCUGGCCGCUUUAUCCUGAAGCUCAAGGAGCAGGUUCAGACUGUUCGUGAGGACAAGAAAAAGGGCAUUUCGUUUGCCAGCGAGCUCAAAAAGCUGACGAGUCGCAGCCGCAGCGUGUCCGGGGGCAUCCAGCUGGCCUCUGACGGUGCCCACAGCAAGGACGAAAAGGCUGCAUGCACCGUGCUCUCGGGCGAGGUGUCCGAGUAGCCACCCUCGGCGUACGCAUGGCGUCUCUCCCCCCUCCCCCGCUCAGGUACGCCCCAAUGCCAACGUCGCACCAUCGUCUUGGUGUCGAGCGAGCUCUGCUACCGGUGCAGUUGAUAUGUGAUUUUAAAGAGGCUGAAAGGACUUUGUUCAGUUAAGUGAACAAAGUUAAAUUGCAGGAUCAGGCUGGUGUAAAAGACCAUUAACAGCACAAGUUUAACUUUCUGAGUAAACAUCCUUUGUCGGUAUCACAUUGUAACAUCACAAUUUCUGGCUGUCGUCGUGGUCAUAUCUCAUUUACUUGAUUUUAUUGUUCAUUUUUGCUGCCAGUGUUGGAGCAGUGACAGAUGUCUCCCUCUGUCUGCAGGAAUCUUCUCUGAAAGGUUGAAAGCCUGGGUGGUUGAAGGGAGGUAUGGUGUCAACUCCCAGAAGUCUCUCUGCCCCUCACAGCCAAGGCCUGUU